AAAUUAUUGCAUUUACAGUGUGUUGGAACAAAAAAAAAGUAGAGGAAGGUUCAUGGCUAAAUAUUUUCAAUUUGAGGAUCAUUUGCAACAACUGCUCCAAAGUCCGAGUGUAACUUCAGAACAUGGCUAACUUUACUGACUGUUGAUGCCCACUCCGACCAGCCAUCGACUUGAUUCUGGGGAUAGUAAUCAAUCACAAGAGAUUACGCGAGGGGAAACUCUCAGGGAGCUCAAACAGCGGAGAACAAGGGUACAGGCACACUCCUUUUGCUAAAUAAUGUUUUUGCCUUUUACUUAUUUCUCUUGGUUUAAAAAGAAAUUACCGACAAAUAGUAAUUGUACAACUUCCUAGACCAGUCUCUCGCCCCUGGGCGCCUCCGUCAGAGGACGCCGGCGGACGCCCCUCAGAGCCCGGGAGGUGGUGUAACGCGAGGCGGGGCAGCUGCAACACCCUUCCCGCCCCGGCGCGCACCACGGCGUCCCGCAGCCGCUGUCAGCACGCCGCGCCGCGGGUGCCGGCAACUGCGCUGGGACUCGGCAUUCCCAGCUCCGCAAGCAAUGCGCGGCUCCAGCAGGCCGAGGAACGCCGGACGAUCAGCGGAGGGUGACCUUCCCCCAGCGAGGCCGGGCGCGGGCGCUACCCAGCAGGCUGUGCGAGCGAGCGCCUACAGCUCCCAUCAUGCUUCACGAGCGACCUCGCAGAUCCUCGCCGGCCAAUCGACAACUCGUCAUGUCCCCUGUGCUCACAUUUCUAUUAACAGAGUUUCUUGAAGUGUCCAUGGGUUUUUUUCCAGCGCCUUCCAACCCUAGAAGGAAAAGCACCACGGCUGAAUCGCUAAGAUUCCCGAAGAGGCGUGGCCUCUGGACCGGAAGAAGCUCUUGUUACCAAGGAAACCGCGCGCCAGGGUGCCUGCUCCGCAACUGAUGCUCCAGCUGAGGCAGAAGCUGCCGGUUCCCGUCGCUUGUAGAGGCGCCCCUGUUUUGGACGAGUAGUCUUUCCAAUGGAGGCGUAGAGAAGAAGGCUGAGGCGCCACAUUCCCAUCCCACAGGCGGUUUUAGAGCCAGCGGUCACCUCUCCGGGUUUUGAGCUCCACGCGACCUGUUGUUUCUAAUGUGUGAAAGGUGGAAAAAAAAGAUUAGCAAAUAUUGAGAAAAUUUAACCAUACCCAGUUUUGGUAAGAAAACAGAAGAAUUGAAAGUUGUACUUGCUGUUGCUGCUUUGUAAAUAUUUGAAUCACAUUAUGGGAUUGCUAGACAGACUUUCAGGCUUGCUUGGCCUGAGGAAGAAGGAAGUUCAUGUUUUGUGCCUUGGGCUAGAUAACAGUGGCAAAACAACAAUCAUCAACAAACUUAAACCUUCCAAUGCUCAGUCUCAAGAUAUAGUUCCAACUAUAGGAUUCAGCGUAGAGAAGUUCAAGUCAUCCAGUUUGUCUUUCACAGUGUUUGACAUGUCAGGUCAAGGGAGAUACAGAAAUCUCUGGGAGCACUAUUAUAAAGAUGGACAAGCCAUUAUUUUUGUCAUUGAUAGUAGUGAUAAAUUAAGAAUGGUUGUGGCUAAAGAAGAACUUGAUACUCUUCUAAAUCAUCCAGAUAUUAAACAUCGUCGAAUUCCAAUCUUAUUCUUUGCAAACAAAAUGGACCUUAGAGAUGCAGUGACAUCUGUAAAAGUGUCUCAGUUGCUGUGCUUAGAGAAUAUCAAAGAUAAACCAUGGCAUAUUUGUAACUGAGGGAAAAGGUUGGACACAGAAGCAGAGAAAUCCACUGCCUCUACAAGGAGAAAUAGAAUAUAAAGCCGGAAGAUAGUAAAGCUCACUAAAGAACUUUAUGCACUAGCGUGAGUUCUGAAAGUAAUAAUAGAGUAGAGCUUAAGGAAAUGCUUGAAACUUCCUGGUAGGAAGGCCUCCACCACCUCCGUCUAGGUAUGAAGUACUGUGUAUCCUGAGUAAAGCCUUCCUUAUUUUGCAAUCAGAGGAAAAGUCAGUGUUUAAAAAUGAUUAUUGAAUUGGACGUUGAGGUCUCGUGGUAUUUGGUUGGCAAAGAAAAAUAGGAUUUUGAAUACAGAAACAUGUUGACAUAGAACUUUUGUACUGUAUCUCCCUAAAUCACAACUAAAUUAUCUGUAAAGUAAAAUAAUUUUUACAUUGUACUAAGUAUUGCAGCUCCUUUGAUAGAAAGUACAACAUUCAAAAAUGUGGAUUUAAUUAAGAAAAGACCCUUUAAAAUUUUUUACUGGUACAUGUUUACAGUGUAUGCAGUUUGCACUCAUCUUGGGGAAAGAGUACAUAUACGUAAUAAAGCUUGUUUUUUCUAAUACCCUUCCCUCCCCCUUCCUCUCUCAUUUAAUUUCCCUUUUCCUGUUUUCAUUCUUGUUAAUAUAAUCUUAGCUUAUUUUUAUUGCAUGUAAUGCUUAUAUCCAUUGAGACCACGUUCCUGUAUGUGGCAUAUUGUCAUUCUACUUGUCUCUCUUUCCGUCUGCCCUACCCCUCAGAAAAAAACCCUUUUUUAUUUAAAAUUAUUAACACUUGAGUUUUAAAAAGUUUACUCAGUUAUGAUAUCUAAAUAUUUCUUUGCUAGAGAAAAAGUAAUAUAAUGAUACUAAUAGGACAUAUGAAAUGUAAUGCUAUUUUCUGUACAACUUAUCAAAGAAUGCCAAGAAUUUCUUUGAAAUUUUUCUGGAAUUUUGGUUUCUCCUUACUUCAAAUUGGAUAUCUCUUUUCUAAAUUCAAAUUAGUAUGUCACGUAUUAGCUUUAUUAUUUUUGCAAUUUUUAAAAACAUGUAUAAAUUUGGAAAUAUGUCUAUCCUUGUUUUCUAGUUUUACGUAUAAAGGCAAUGCUCAGUGACACAGAGGUAAAAUACUGAUUGUGUCUUACACUCAGCUUAAGGUUAUGGAUACUAGGAAAAGGUCAGAGGGAAGAUUUGUCUAAAAUUAAAGGAAAACUUUUGUGGUUUCUUUCAACCCACUGUGUUAAACAUAUAGUUAACUCUGAUUUUUAGGGCCUAAUUGUGUUAUUCUUCCUGUGUGUUCCUGCACUUAAUCCCUGGUAUGGAGUGUGUGUGUGUUGGAGAGACAGAUAAUAAGUAAAUAAAUGUAUAAAAUGUUAGCUAGGAGGAUAAAGAAAAAUAAAUAGGAUAAGAGAAAGAAUAUUGAGAGAUGCUUCCACUGUGAGACCUAAUUGAAGUCAAGGAGCACUUAAUGUGAAGGUUUAGAGAAACAGCUGUCCAGAUUGAGAGGACAGAGGACAGCAAGAAAACACUUUUUUGGAUGAGAAUGUACCUG